AGGAGAAGUUUUGCAACUCUAGUCUGUUCUGUUUGCGCAUCAGACUAAGACGCGCAGAAACAGUUCGCACUAAUUCCUCCAACAAGUUUGAACAAGAACAAACUCCCCGUGACGAUCAUCUGACGGAUUUUCUUCCAGCUGAGCCGAAUCCUGCUUCGUCUUGACAUUUGCAUGGUGUUUUGCUCCACCUCCGUCGCCUUGAGCUGCCGUCGGUGCGUCCUCGGUGGAACAGUUCCUCAAGAGGAAGCAGACGGGAGGCGGACUGUUGCGCACAGACAGGAGAAACGUACGCAGACGAAACUGACCAUGGCUGAAAAUAAGAUGGGUCCAAACCUCCAGGCUGGAGCUGGAUUCCUCGCUAAAAGGGUCCAGAAGUCACUGAACCGGGCUCAGGAGAAGGUUCUUCAGAAACUGGGCAAAACCAUGGAGACAAAGGAUGAACAGUUUGAGUUAUGUUCUCAGAACCUCAACAAGCAACAGAUCGAUGGAAGCAGGUUGUUCAAAGAUGUAAAAGCCUACUAUUCAGCAGUAAAAGCUGUGCAUGAGACGUCCAAGCGACUGUCUACGACGCUGAAAGACGUCUACGAAUUGGACUGGAAUGGCGUCGAAGACCUCGCUGUCAUAACAGACAGUGAAGACUUACUGUGGAGCGACUUUGAGGAAAAACUCAACGACCAGCUAGUUCGUACCAUGGAGAACUACACAAGCCAGUUCCCAGAGGUCAAGGAACGAGUCGCUAAACGUGGUCGUAAACUGGUGGACUAUGACUCAGCACGUCACCACCUGGAGGCUCUGCAGAGCGCCAAGAAGAAGGACGAAGCAAAAAUAGCAAAGGCAGAAGAGGAGUUCAACAAAGCCCAGAAUGUGUUUGAGGAAAUAAAUAAUGAGCUGAGGGAGGAGCUGCCUGUUCUAUAUCAGAGUCGGAUAGGGUGUUACGUGACUGUGUUCCAAAACAUAUCAAACCUGAGAGACAUCUUCUACAAGGAAAUGAGUGUGCUGAACCGUGAACUUUACAACGUGAUGAAGAAACUGGAGACUCAACAUUCAGGAAAAGCUUUUAUCAUCAAAGGGUUGAACAGCAGCACAUCAGGGAAAUCCAAGAAGAGGAAGUCCCUGGUGAUCUCCAAUCCCAUCCCAUGUAACACCGCCUUCCCGGCUGACCAUGUCUCCGUCCACUCCUCCACCCAAAAUGGAAAAGACGCUGCGUCCUCCACAGCCAUGGAGCGAACCCAGAGCAUCUCUGAAACCAGUUUACCGGAAGAAACUGGUUCUGCGUCCUCGUCCAAAGACGUCCACACCUCAGACUCUGACCUGAGCUCCAGCGGAUCCAACACUCCCAAGAGGCAGUCGGUGUGUGAUGACAACAGCGACGGGAGCACGGGGAGUCAGGGUCCGGAAGGGGCGGAGGCGGAGGCAGAGCUCAUAGCAGACCAGUCCGAUGAUUCCGGGGUGGGCGUGCCCAAAUCAGAGGCGCCCAGUCAGGAAGUGGCGGUUCCGUCUGAUUCUGCAGACAGUGACAUUCCACAGAGUCUAGAACAGGAGGAUGUGGGUGAACCAGCAGAAGAACUCAAACCCAAACCUGGACCAGUUCCUGCCCCACGCGUCUCCUCUCGUGUCACAGACGGUCGUCCACAGAAUCCCACCACUGACACGGACAACGCAUCUGAAAACCCAGACGCCACUGCAUCAACAGAGGACUCCGAUUCCCAGGAUCCCCCUGGCUUCUUAUACAAGGCGGUGGCAGUGCAGAGCCAUGCAGCGUCUGAGGACGGUCUACUGCAGUUCGACGAGGGCGACGUUAUCCUGGUUCUCAGCGGAACUCAAGAGGAUGGUCUGGUGAAGGGGAUCCGGGAGGAGACCUGGAACCAACACCGGGAUCUACAAAACCACUGUGGGAUGUUCUUGGAAAAACUGGUCCAGCCCGUUGAGGCGGAGUGAGGCAACGCUUGCUCACACUGUAAUAGGUCCUCAAUGGUAGUGACUCGCACACAUGUACACACACACACACACACACACACACACACACAGAAAACAGGGAGUGAACCCAUAUGUUUUGGGCGCAGAAGCUGAACAAACAGAUGAGCACCAGUCCCACAUGGAUCCUCUCAUGCUAUGAUGUCGUAACCUGUGGAACAAAAGUGACGGAGCUUUUAGAACAUUUUAGGAGGCGUUUGGGUUGUUACAGUAUUUUUGUAUUCUUGUAUUUUUAAAGCUUUUCAAUGACAUACUGUGAAACAAAAGAUCUUUUUAUGAAUGAAUUCCCUGAUCUUGUAUGCAAUGUCCUAAUAAAGUUGUAAGUAAAAGAU